UCUCUCUCCCUCUCUCUCUCUCUCUCUCUCUCGAACACACGCAGUCUUAGAGUCGGUAUGCUGGGAGUGGAGGAUUUGCUCUGCGAGCUGCGCAGAGAAGAAGGGAACGAGCAAGGGCUACCGCCAGGUUUCAGGUUCCACCCCACUGACGAAGAGCUCAUCACCUUCUACUUGGCUUCCAAGGUCUUCAAUGGCGCUUUCUCUGGCCUCGACAUCGCCGAGGUUGACCUCAACCGAUGCGAGCCCUGGGAUCUCCCUGAGGUCGCAAAGAUGGGGGAGAGAGAGUGGUACUUCUUCAGCCUUCGAGACCGCAAGUACCCGACGGGGCUCCGGACGAACCGGGCCACUGGCGCUGGCUACUGGAAAGCCACGGGAAAGGACAGGGAGGUCCACAGCGCCGCCACCGGGGCGCUCCUCGGCAUGAAGAAGACGCUCGUCUUCUACAGAGGCCGAGCUCCCCGCGGCGAGAAGACCAAGUGGGUCAUGCACGAGUACCGCCUUGACGGCCACUUCUCCUGCCGUCACACGUGCAAGGAUGAAUGGGUCAUAUGCAGGAUAUUCCACAAGACAAUGGAGAAGAAGAGCCUGCUCUUCCAAGGCCAAAAUUACAUGCUUGAAGUUUGCUCACCCCCUAGCACUGGUUCGUUGCCUCAGCUUCUUGAAACCCCAAUUACAUCAACGCCACCACCAAAUCAUCUACUAGAGCACCAAUCUCAGGCCAAUAGUUACCAAAACCAAACCCAACCUUUUCUGAUGCACCAAAGAGACAUUGAUUUCAAAACCCUAAUGAGCAACCCAUUUGUCCCGCUAGUACCUGAUCUUCAAGCACCCUCAUUUUCACCCACAGUCACCACCACCACGCACAAAGACUCGUACAACAACACAGACACCAAAAACAUCAUCGUCACCCCAUCACUAGUCUCGCCAUCGUCGAUGCUCUUCAAGUCCCUUCUCUCACAUCAAGACCUUUUCACAGCUACUAAUUUGAAGGAACACCAGCACCACACUGUGCUCAACCAGUGCAAGACAGAGACCAACUUUUCCCAUUUCCAGCUAAACGUCGACGAUGAUAAUGAUGCCGAUGGCUUGCACAGUGUUGUGGACAAGAUUCACAUUGUCCCAUUUCAUCAAAAUCACCAAAGCCCCGUGCUUUUCGAGAUGGACACUCACCCUACAACUACAUCUUCUGUUCCAGAUAAUAAUAAUGCACCUCAUGGCCACACUGUUCAUCAUGAGAUGUCCACGUCAACAAUGGCUUUCAACAGGGUCGGGCCGUCCUUUCAGAUGCUGGUGGAUCCUGCCUUCAGAGAAUCCUGGCCGUUGGAUCCUUGAGAGAGAGAGAGAACUCCAGUUUUUCCUUAGCCAUUUGUUCUCUCUCCCUCCCUCCCCUAUAAUGUAAUUUAUAUAGUUUUAGAAAUUUCAUAGCUGUAAUCAGAAAAGGGUAUUGCGCGGUUGUGACAUGGGGAACCUCAGACUUUAUGGGUGUGUUUUUUUGUACU